AUGCAACUGCAACAGCACUCAACUGCAACUGCACAUGCUCGUGCAACAAAAACCGCACAUACAACUAAAUCUGCAAAUACAAAUGAAACUAAAACUGAAAAAGCUACAGAAACUGCAGAUGCAACUGCUAUAGCACAUGCUACUGUAACUUUCAGUACAAUAUCAACUGCAGAUGCAACUGUAACUGCACAUUCCACUGCAAAUGCUAUUGCUGCGGCAUAUUCAAAGGCAGUUGCAAAUUCAUCUUCACCAGCAAUUGCUAAUAAUACUGCAAAUAAAACGGCAACUGCAAACGCACAUGCAACUUCUACUGCAUCUGAAAGUGCAACUGCAGCUGCAUACUUMCCUGCCAAUACACUAGCAACUGCAAUAAUACAUAAAUCUUUAUUGCACAUGCAACUUCCACUAAACUCAACUGCACUCGAAACUGAGUCUGCAAAUGCAAAUAAAACUGCAGCUAAAAAUUCGACUGCUACUGCAGAUGCCACUGCAGCUACACAUGUAACUGCAACUAUUACUGCGACUGCAAAUGCUACUGAAAAUACUUAUGCAACUGCAACUAAACUAGCAAAUGAAACUGCAAAUGCAAUUGCAACUACAAAUGCUACUGAAACAGCAAAUGCAACAGGAGCUGCACAUGGAGCUGCAACUGGAACUGCAAAUGCAACUGCCACUACAACUUUUUAUAAACAUUCAACAGCAAAUGCACCAGCAAAUGUUACUGCAAAUACUAAUACAAAAGCACAGGAAACUGCACUGCACAUGAACUGCACUGCGCAUACAAAUGCAACUAUAACUGCACAUACAAAUACUAAUACAACAACAUAUUUCUAUGCAACUGCAACUCCACAUGCAGCUUUUAUUGCUACUGCAGCUGCAUAUUUAUUUGCCACUGCAAAAUUACCAGCAACUGCAAUUUUAAAUAAAACUGCACAAUCAACUGCAACUAAAAAUACACAUUUGUAUGCAAAUGCAAAUGUCACAGCAAAUAAAAUUUUAAAUGCUACUUUAACUGCACAAGCAACUGCACUUCACACGCCACAGCAACUAACUGCGAAUGCAAUAGAUUCUUUGCAUGCAGCUGUAACGAAAACUGCAACAGCAAAUGCAAAUAAAACUGCAAAUGCUAAUGCAACAGCUACUAGACAUGCUAUUGCAACUGCCACUUCAUCGGCAGAUGCAACUGCAACUGCACAUGCGUCCGCAACUGCUACUGCUACAACACAUGCAUAUGCAUCUGCAAAUUUACCUGUUACUGCAAUUGCAAAUUCUACUACAACGUUACAUUUAACUGCAUUUUCACAUUUCACUGCAACUGCAGGUGCUAUUGCACAUGCAGGUACAACAACAACAGAACAUGCAUAUGCAACUUUAAAUGCACUACCAACUGCAAUCGCAAAUGCACCUGCAACUGCAGAAGUAACUGCAACUGAAUAUUGUACUGCAACUAUAAUUGCAUCUAUACUAGCAGCUGCUACCGCAACUGCAACAGCACAUAUAAAUAGGCUCACAUCUUGGACUGAAACUGCAAAAGCACAUGCUACUGCAACUGCUACUGCAGCUGCAUAUUCAUAUACAAGUGCAAACAACCUGUUACUGCAUUUACAAAUGCUGCUGCCACUGAACAUGCAACUACAACUGCAGAGAAAACUGCAACACUAA